AUGGAGGACAACUCAACAUUAACGUUUAACGUCAGCUCGCUGCUCAUGACGAAACACCCAUCGAGCGUCACUACAGUGGUGUCAGUAAAAAACUCAAGCGUCGUAAGCAAUGCUUACGAGUGGCGUUUCGUUCUGCCACCAUACUUCAUUAUCUUCCUUCUAUCGAUAUCGGGAAACUGCCUCGUCAUCACUACAUUAGCGAGCAAUCGUCGGAUGAGGACUGUCACCAACGUCUAUCUACUGAAUUUGGCCAUCUCAGACUUUCUGCUUGGGGUAUUUUGCCUUCCUUUCACUUUAGUUGGGCAAAUAUACAGGAGAUUUCUGUUUGGAGCUGUCCUAUGUAAAUUGAUACCUUAUUUGCAAGCCGUGUCUGUAUCGGUCGAUGUAUGGACGCUGGUUGCAAUUUCGCUGGAGCGGUACUUCGCGAUCUGCAGACCACUCAAAUCGCGGAAGUGGCAGACCCAGUGCCACGCGUACAAAAUGAUCGCAAUGGUUUGGAUGCUGUCCCUGAUGUUGAAUGCACCAAUACUGAUUGUUUCUACGUUACAGCCGAUGAGGGGAAACGCUUUCAAGUGCAGGGAGGUUUGGACCAGUUUGGAAUUGGAGAGGGCAUUCAAUUUGGGCUUGGAUGCCGCUCUAUUGCUCGUCCCGUUUUUUAUAAUGUCGUUUGCAUAUUGUCUGAUCGUCACCAAGCUUUGGAGGGGUAUGCGCCACGAGAUACAGCACAACUUCAAUUGGCAAAAACAGCUGACUAGAGAGGAAUCCUGCAAAAACAAUUUACUCCAGCGAACAUCUACUCUGAAGGAAAAUGAAAGGGACGUUUGCUAUAAAGACACCUGGGGUUCAAAUAAUUUAACUAAGAACGAACAUGAACAAAAAGUGGAGAAGAAGGAACAAGCAUACUGCAUGCAUACCGACAUAGAAUUUCAUCACGUAGUACGUUCAACUCACAUCGACAAGAGUAUUGAAGCAAAACGCAAGGUGAUUAGAAUGCUAUUUGUUAUUAUACUGGAAUUCUUUGUUUGCUGGACACCUUUGCACGUAAUAAACACUAUAUAUCUAUUUUACCCGGAUGAGUUGUACCAAUAUAUUGGAUCAAAAGGGAUAGUGUCCCUUCAGCUGCUCGCUUACUGCUCGUCGUGUUGUAAUCCUAUUACUUAUUGCUUCAUGAACAGGAAAUUCAGACAAGCGUUCGUUAAUCUGCUGAAGUCGUGCAAACUGUUCAAGUGCUGUUUUCCGGAGAAGAUGGAGUCCGGGAAACAGGCUACCCCGCCGCAGUCUAGCCAGGAUGCUACUGCAUGUGUGAUAAGGGGCAGCCACACUGGGCGCACAGAGCUGGACGGACUGGAGGGGGAGGAGUGUGUU